UUUUUUAUUUAAAAUUGAAGCAGUCCUACUUGCUCUGUCCCAGGCAGAAUGCUAGCUUCAAGGGACACAUGGCUGAGUGAGUAGAGGCUGUCCUCCAGCCGCGCACAGUAAAGGGGGACAGAACUAGUCGUUGCCAUACAGUGAGAUGAGCCCUGGAAGACCUCAGACUGAAGGAGCGGGGUCAGAUACCCGGGACAUCUUCCCCCACAGAAGAGCCUACCGUGCUGGCUUUUGCAGGAUCAGUAGGAGGUCACCGCCCUGCCAAAGCAACGAGGAGCGCUCCAGGCAGGCGGGGCGGCCUGUGCAAAGGCACGAAAGGGCUGGGGAGCCCAGGGCAUUUGGGGGCCUGUGGGCAUUUCGGGGCGUGUGGGCAGGUGGCAGGGAAUGAAGCUUCAAAACGAGUUUGGGCCAGACCGUGAAGGCUGAAGGCUGGGCUAAGAGGCUGACUCUAAUUUAUGAUCAGCAUUUCCCAAAAUGUAUCUCAUGACUCAUAGUCUUGUGAGAUGGUAACAGGUGUCCCUCCAAAAACAGACAUCAAGGUUAUUUAAGUUCAGGAAGCCCGGGUUGAAGCACAGUGAAAGCAGCUUCCUUAGUGCAGGACUUCUCAGAGCCUUUAAUUCUCUAACAUGCAUGGGACUCUCCAAGAGGACAGAGUAGAUGGGAUUCGCAAACUCAUUUGAUCAGGGAGCCCCCUUCCUGAGGGAGUCUGAGGAGGCCAGUGUUGCAGGGGACACACUUUUGGAAAAAUGCUGCCUGUAGCUAGUUACCAAGAGCUGGUGAGAAUUCUGAGCAGCUGUGAGGUACGAUCAGGUUUGUUUCUGAUGCUGUUUGGAGGGCGGGCUGCCGAGGGGUAAGCCAGGGGGCGGAGAGGCUAGCUAGGGGCGUGAGAGGGGGGCGGAGAGGCUAGCUAGGGGCGUGAGAGGGGGAGAGGAAGGAUGUCCCAGGUAUUAAGGCGGUGGAAUCUGCGGGCUUGGUGGUUGAUUAAACUGGCCGGAGGGUUGGAGGGCAAGGAGGACAGGAGGACUGUGGCCGAGGCUCUGGUUUCCAGCGCAUGGUGACGGCUUUGACUCAGAUGGGGAGAAUAAGGAAGGGGUUUGGCGAGGGUACUUUUAUGUCAGCUGGAGAUGAAAAUGGGGCUGGGCUGGAUUACCUGGACUGAGUUUAUGGGAGAGAGAAGAGAAGGAAUUUGACAACUUAGAAGAAAUGGACAGAUUCCUUGAUUAAUGCAACGUAGCCAGAUGGACACAAGAGGAAACAGAAAAUCUGAAUAGCCCCGUCUCUAUUAAAGAAACCAAAGCGCCCAAAGAAAAUUCCAGGCCCAGACAGUUUCUCCGGUGAGUUCAUCACUCUUAAGGAAGAAACGAUACUGAUCUCACGCAAACUCUCUCAGAAAAUAAUUUGUGGGAGAGGUCACUUCACACAUGGCUAUGAUUCGGACAGGUCUGGGUUCCGGUUCAAGCCCGGUUGGUUUCAUCCAUUCAGAGCCGUGUUUUGAAUACCUGCUGCGUGUCACACACCCAGGUCACAGUCGUGGACAAAGCAAAGCAAACUCACGCCCUCGCCAAGUUGCGCAGGGUCGGACGGGUCAUUGCGCCGUCCUGAGGCGCAGUUUCCUCGCGUGUGGCGUGGGGACACUGUGCUGGAGAAGGGCGGCCGGCAGGAGCGGUGGGCAGUCCCCGGCAGCCACUGAUGCUUGUCUCUCUGUCGUGUGUGUGCGUGUGUGUUCCACGGCCUGCCCUCUCAGGCUUAAAAAUGUGUGUCAGCAGCAGCCACGAUGAGGCCCCCGUCCUGAGCGACAAGCACCUGGAUGUGCCCAACAUCAUCAUCACCCCGCCGACCCCCACGGGCGUGAUCCUGCCGAGGGACUCCCGGAGGGCAGUCUGGCUGGAGGAGUCAGGGUCGGGCCCGGAGGAUGGAGAAGCAGACCCUGAGGCCUGAGGAGAAGGCACGCGUGGGUCGGGGAUUUGCCUGCACUGGAUCCUUCCCUGGCUGCCCUUCGCUUGGCGUGUCCCGGGGUGCCUGGGACAGAUGUGCUGAGAACGCUGGCUGGGAAGACAGAGAGAUUCCGGCACUGGACCAGCAGAGGCGUGGCGAGAGGAGCGAGGAAUCGGCCCUGCCCUCGUCCAGAACGACAUUUCCCAGGCCCCGUUGAGUGGACCGGACCUCUGAUGCCUACAUAUUCUUGCCGACCCCGAGGCACAGUGACGGCCAUCUGGGUACCAGGGACAGGCUUUCUUCUAGACAGACUCACAGCGGCCUGGGCCAUGCAGACGGGUGCCCAGGAGGUCUGCACAUAUAAGGACUUCUUGCAAAGGGCUGGCUUCAUUUUUUACAAGUUGUCUUACCGACAUUGAAACAGUCCAAAAAGUGAUUUAUAAUUUCUUUUUUGCACUGUAAGUAAAGAUCCCGUGUAACGA